AUGGCGGCGACUGGUGGGAGUGUGUUUGCAAGAGCUAGAUCUGGUUCAUCUAAAUUGCAAACACAGUACGAUGCAGAUGGAAAUGAGAUAGAGUUUGACGUACGUGAAGAUGAGGAACAGAAUGUCAAACUUGGUCAAAUCAUUGACCUGUUAUUGGCAGCUGGAUAUUUCCGCGCAAGGAUCAAAGGGUUAUCUCCCUUUGAUAAGGUUGUUGGUGGAAUGACAUGGUGUAUAACAACAUGCAGUAUAGACAUAGAUAUUGACCUGCUCUUUCAGGAGAACUCAACCAUUGGUCAAAAAAUAGAACUGACAGAGAAGAUCGUUGCAGUCUUACCGAAGAUGAGGUGUCCUCACCGAAUUGAACCCCAUCAGAUCCAAGGUCUUGACUUCAUACAUAUUUAUCCUGUUGUACAGUGGCUGGUGAAGAAGGCAAUCGAGACUCGAGAGGAGAUGGGUGAUUAUACCCGAGCCUUUUCUGUAUCCCAAUUCAACAAAAACCAUAAAACACCAGAGGAUCUAGCUUUUGAUUCCAACAAAGACAAAGCCGUAACAACUGUCGCUGGAGUAAAGGAUGUUUACAAACCUCAGCGUCGAUAUAGACGUCAGGAUGCAGGCAAGCUCAAAGAUGAAGAAUCUAGGGUUCAUUCUACUUUGCUCGAAUAUGGGAGACGAUAUGGUAUCAGUAAAUCGGACCAUGCUGAACAGGAAGGGGACAAAUCUGCCAAGAAAGCGGCAGCUGCUGCAAGCAUUGGUGGGCAACAAGCAGAGCCCUCUGAGGAAGAGCUGCAAGAACAAGAGGAGAAGCGAAUUCAGAUGCUGAUGUCAGGAAUGUCUGCUAUGGGAGUACAAGAGGGCAAAUUAACUGCGAGUGCGGUUGGUUCCAUCGUUGGCAUGCAGUCAGCAGAAAUUCAGCAGAUCGCGUCAGAGUAUGCAGAAAAACAAGCAGAGAUAGAACAGAUUGAGAAAACUGAAAGAGUGGGCGGGGCACAGCAACACAAACGGGUCACAGGUGCACUGACUAAACAGAUACAGCAGCAGAAAUCACGUAUGGAGGAGGUGAUGGCUAAACAUGCUGAGCUGCACAAGGUAUACCUGGAAACACAGGAAAAGCUCAAACAGGCCCAAUCUCGCAGUGAGAAGAUUGAUACAGAAAUGGAGAAACUCAACGAAACAGAAACAGAUGAAAAUCAAAGUAUUUUACAAAAGCUGAGGUCACUUGUAGCUUUAAAUGAGAACCUGAAGAAACAGGAGCAGGAUUUCAAGGCCCAUUGUAAAGAGGAGAUGACUCGUUUGAAAGGGCAGAUUGAAGAGUUGAGAGAACAGACCUCGGAGGAUGAUAGCGGGGAUAAGGAGAGAGCCAGCCUGAUAGACAAACAGUACACAGCAGACAAAGAGAAACUUCACAAGAUUCGACUUCUACUUGCAAGGAAGACCCGAGAGAUUGCUGUGCUUCAGAGGAAGAUUGAUGAGGUGCCCUCUCGGGCAGAAAUGAGUCAGUACCAGAGACGAUUUGUCGAGCUUUAUCAUCAAAUUUCCUCUACCCACAAGGAGACAAAACAGUUUUACACUCUGUACAAUACACUGGAUGAUACAAAACUUUACCUCAAUAAGGAGGUGAAUUUACUGAAUUCAAUUCAUGAUAGUUUUGCACAGGCUAUGUCCUCUCCAGGGGCAAAGGAACAAUUUCUGAAACAAUUUGAGCAGAUUGUUGAUGGUGUUAAAGCAAACAAAGCAAAGGUAGAAAAACGUAAACAGGAAGAGAAAAUGAAAAGAGACCGACUGAAUGAUUCCUACCUUGACUUGAUAGAGAAACAGCGUUUAUACUUCCAAACUGUCAAAGACUUUAAAGAGGAAUGUCGCAGAAACGAAAUGUUGUUAGCAAAGCAGAGGAAGUGACACAAAACCCUGUCUGGUUCAGUUGUAUAGUGAGGGCUAGCUUGACGUUCGUCAAAAUGAAGGAAGUGAUACAAGACAGUGCCAGGUUUAGUUGUGCAAUGAGGCUAGCUGGACGUUUAUUGGAACGAAGGGAGAGACAAAAGACAAUGUCUGGUUCAGUUUUGUUAUGAAGAUAACUGGACGUUUAUCAACAUAUAUCUAUAGGAACUAUUUACAAAAUCAAAGAAAUAAAACAUCAUAAUUUGA